AUGCCUUCGAAAUUGAACAAAGUGCAGAAGCACGUGUCGAAGAAGAAGGGCGCCAGGAUCAAUGCGCUGCACGAGAACAGUCGAGAUGCGCAGCGUCUACGCAAAGCCGGAGCAAGAGACGAGAGAGUCGCCCGGAUCACGGCGACAAGGCAGCAAGCAAAUCGGCCGUGGCUGGACCGCAUCGCUUUCUUCCAGGACCAUCUUCCUGCCACCUUGCACCCCAUGGAUGUGGCCCAGAUGAGGGAUCUCGUUCAACAGUUUCUCGCCCGCCACGACGAAGAGCUGGCUCAGCUGAAGGCGGAGCGAAGACCGGGACGGCCGCCAUCCAACAGACAGACGCUGCUCGAACAGCAGGUCAAAGCAGAAGCGCAGGAGUAUGAGAGCGGGCUGUGGUUUCCGAAUCUACAGGAUGAAGAGACGCUGGUGAAGCUGGAUGGUUGGGCUGGCGAGUGGAUGAGUCUGGCCGUUCUGAGGUUCAUUCGGGUCGCGAAGGACGGUGAGGUAAAAGAGAGCCAGUUUCCGCCGCGUGGAGCAUCUUAG